AUGAACACCGGUAAUUUCAUCGUUCUUACAUGCCUACUGGCAGUUGCCAAUGCACGAUGGUUUAGCAAUUUCAGUUCGUAUAUAUCAAACAUAUCCUCUCGGAUAAUCGGUGGUCACGAGGCUAAAGAAGGCGAAUUUCCGCAUCAGGUUUCGUUGCAGUUUUACAACGCGAAGAUUCCUCACACGCAUUUUUGCGGUGGUUCGAUCAUCAGCGAACAAUGGAUUUUAACAGCUGCGCAUUGUGUGGAAGUUGUCGACGACGUAAAUAGCCAACAACUAACAUUGUCUUUUGUCGUUAAAGCUGGAAAACAUGAUUUAAGCAAUACGGAAGAUACCGAGCAGACAUCAUUUAUUGAAACAUAUUUCAUACACGAACGGUACCACAAGAUUAUAGAUUACAAUGUAUCUCCAUAUGACAUCGGCCUGAUCAAGCUCAAAACUCCAUUUCAACUGAAUAGUCGUGUAACCCCGGUCGGUCUUCCUGAUAAAAACAUUGAACCCAUAGGCAAAGUGAUUCUGUCUGGUUGGGGUGCUAUAGCUGAUGAUUCUAGAUUUGAUGAAAUGCCAUAUAUCCUCCAAACGAUAGAUCUUAAGAUCAUUGAUCGUGCAGCAUGCAAUAAGGCUGUUCAAAAAGUUAUCGAGAAAAUGCCUGGAAUACGAGUUUUCCCAAACUUAGUCGAUGAGACGAAUAUUUGUUCUGCACCUAGUGGAGUAUCUGCUUGUGGCGGUGACUCUGGUGGUCCAUUGAUUAUCAAAGACAGCAAUGGAAAAAAUACAGUGGUAGGAAUUGUAUCAUGGGGCAUAAGCCCCUGUGGUACCAGAGGAGCUCCUUCCGUUUAUGCCCGUACUUCAUAUUUCAUUGACUGGAUCAAAGAGAAGAUGAGUAAACACUAG